AAAAAAAAAAAAAUCAAGUUCCGGGUCUUCCCUCGGAUCAGCCUUCAAAUCCUCAUCUCCGCUUGUGUUGACUGACUGGCAGUGAUCUCAAUCGGCUCACAGAUAGCGACGGCGCUCCUUUCAGCGAUGCAUAGUCUCUCUCUCUCUCUCUCUCUCUCUCUCUCUUUCUCUCUCUCUUAGCGUGUGUGUGUGUGGGAGGGACUAAAGGAAAGCUCCCCUCCGCCACAGCAUCGUGCAUUAGAAGGAGGAGGGGAAAUGGGGGGGAACUCAAAGCACACUCGCCGAUAAGGUUUCUUUUUUUCUUCCCCCCUAAUCUCUCCUCCUGGUUCUGUGGCUGUAAGAAGAAGAAGAAGAAGAGGGAGUCGAUCGGGAUGCUGAGGUAGCGCGGGAUGCUGUGGAGUGGAGACGCCGUGGGAGGAAGUCUAAGAGAGAAACACGAAUGGCUUCCCCGAAGCUGCUUCCCGCAAAGGAGGCAGGCAAGCAGUCCGAGCUGAACCCAGAAGCAUUCGACCGGGUUUCCGGUGUGCAGCACGCCCGGAAGUCGGCCGGAUCAACAGGAGACGGGCUCCCCGGGGAGGGCGGCUGCGCCCCCGCCCGCGGCAGCGGCAGCCGCGGCCGGUGCCUUUCAGCACCGAGGACAGCGCAGCGCAGGGCGGGCGCGGAGGGGAAGCUCUGCCCUCCCCCCGGCGGUGAGGAGAAGCUCCGGGUUUGCUGCGACGAGGAAUUGGAGACCUCCUUCACCUUCAUCGACGAGAACGUCAAUUUGCGACUGGCCAGCCCGGAGACCGGCUGCAAAACUUCGCACAGGCCGGUCCGCAACGGCGAGCCUUGCUCCGAGACUCUGCCGGAGCUCUCGUUUAUGUCGGAGGACGACCUCUCCUUCGGCGAAGGCUCCGGGAGCUCCGUGGACUACGGCUUCAUCAGCGCGGUCACGUUCCUGGUGACGGGGAUCUCCCUGGUGAUCAUUUCCUACGCCGUGCCGCGGGACGUGGAGGUGGACCGCGACAGCGUGUCGGCGCGGGAGAUGGAGCGGCUGGAGAUGGAGAGCGCCCGGAUAGGCGCCCACCUGGACCGCUGCGUGAUCGCGGGACUCUGCCUGCUGACCCUGGGCGGCGUCGUGCUCUCCACGCUGCUCAUGAUCUCCAUGUGGAAGGGGGAGAUGUACAGGAGGAAGCUCGUGGCCUACUCCAAGCGCUCGGCCAAACUGUACGGCUCCAUCAGCCUGAAGACGAGAUCCAGCCCCAGCCACUCGUCUGCCCGCUUGUCCCUGGAGGAGGAGAUGGUGGAGACUUUGGCUUAAACCGCCGCUCCGCAUAGAAACGUUUGUUUGUUUUGAACUAUGAUUAACGUCAGCCACGCACAUUUUAUAACCGCUGAACUAACUAUUACAUGCAAAACCCUCCAAUGGUAGGGAAUGGGCUGAAUGUAGGUCCUAGAUGUGUUGUAGUUUGAAUCUAUGUUCAAACUAUGGUAAUUUGAACAUUGGGUUCAAACUACCCUGUGUUUGAACCCAAUGGUUUUAGUGAUGAGUUUUUUUGCUCAUCACUUUUACAAAAUCAGCCAGGAACAAAAUGAACGUGGUCCACAUGGAUGAUAGCUGGAGAAUUAUCACAGCUAACAUGUACUUUUCUGUCAAUUUUUGGGCCUAUAUGGGUUCCGCAUUUAAGACAGACCAUAACAUGAGCUGUUGAUUAGGGCUUCCAUGCCAACAGGGGCGAUCCCAAGAGCACUAGACCUACCCAUGUGAUAAAUUACCCCCAGUCAGCAGGUAUGUGGGCCAAUCGUGGACUUUGCCCAGGCUGGAUGGGUGCUAAGUAGGCAUGGCUUCUUCUGGAGGAUCCAAAUGAGUCAACUUGAUAACUGAUGUCAGCAAAACAACUCUCAUUAAAAAAAGAAUUUGACUUUUAUUUUUAUUGAGUUUUUAAACAAUAAGUCAAAUUCUAGUCAACACUUCUAUGGCCAUGUGGAUCCUACUUUGUGUCCAGAGUUGAUAGUGUAUAGGUAAUGAAGAUGAAUCCACUAUGUAAACCAGGGACUGUCCCAAUACAAGCCAUUUUGUCAGCCCAUUUCCUACCUUUAGGGUCCCAUAUGUAAACCAAGUGAACUAGGCCUCAACCAGCCUCAACGAACACUUCAAUUCAUUGAGGAAAAAAAAAAAUCUAAUUUAUGAUUACUUUUAUGAAGAAUAACCUUACAUUUAGAUUCACAUUCACAAAAUUUACUAAGGAUUAAAAGCAUCAGCCAUAUGCUGUAAUGUUUGAACUUUGAGUACAACCAGCUCAUAAUGACCACACAAGAUUUUAUCCUUUUUUU